AUGUCAAGACGUGGGUUUGGUGCACAUCGUGAUCGAUCUCCUGAUACCACUGAUGGUCGCAAUUACACCCGACCUCGCACAGAAGUGCCACAUCGACGAACACCACCACCACUCCCACAACUGCAAUUACAAAAACAAGAGCAAGAGCAGCAAGUACUUCAUCGACCGAAUGUUGGGACCAUGACGGAGGAAGAUCUGUAUGCUAUGAUGUGCUCCAGUGAUGGUGAGGUGCUUCCACCAGGGUGGGAGAAGAUCCUUUAUCACGGGACUGUGGUGUAUUUGGAUCAUAUCUCGCGUGAGGCGCAUGAGGUGCGACCGUGGGAAGUUUGGCAGCGUCGAGCAGAGGGUGGGAAGUGA